AUGCCUGCUAGUAGCCCCAAGAGUCAAAGGUCGGCGCCUAGGUCGCCGACUAGUCAGAGGAGUGUUCCUACUGCUGCGCAGAAUAUUGAGGUCGAUACUACCGUGCCCGAGGAGGACGAGGAUGAAAUUGAUCCUGGGCUAGGAACAGAUGCGGAGAGCUCAACUGCUUCCAUCACCUCCAGCAUUCUUCAUUACCGAACCAUCAACGGGCGAACUUACCACAGUGAGAGAGGAAAUGCGGCUUAUUGGGGUUCGAACGAUGAACGCCAGAGCGAGGCUAUGGACAUUGCCCAUCACAUGUUCACCCUAGCCCAGGACGGCGAAUUGCAUCUAGCUCCGCUUGAUAAAGACAUCCAAAAGGUCCUGGAUAUUGGUUGCGGAACAGGAAUUUGGGCAAUUGACUUUGCCGACAAGUUCCCUGGCUGCGAGGUUAUCGGUACCGACAUUUCACCCAUCCAACCCUCUUGGGUCCCGCCGAAUCUGAAGUUCGAAAUCGAGGAUUGUAACCAAGAUUGGACCUUUGCGCCUGAGAGUUUCGACUAUGUCCACUUGAGAUAUAUGGUUGGAUGUAUUCCCGAUUGGAAUCAGCUGUUCGAACAAGCCUACAAGGUUCUCAAACCCGGUGGCUGGGUUGAAUCUUUCGAAGCCUCGCCUACCAUUGAAAGUGACGAUGACACUGUCAAGCCCGACUCGGCGAUGGGUCAGUGGGGACCUAUCUUUAUCAAGGCUUCCAAGAUGAUUGGCAACACUUUUACUGUUGUUGCUGAUGAUCUUCAGAGGAAGGGCGUCGAACACGCUGGAUUUACUGAGAUUAAGCAGUGGGAUUCCAAGCUCCCCUUGAACCCUUUCCCCAAAGACCCUCAUCUGAAAGAGAUUGGUCAAUUUGGCGAGCUCUUCAGCACUCAGGACACUGAGGGAUUUAUUAUGCUUGUCGCAAACACACUUGGCUGGUCGAGAGAGCAAGUUCAUGUCUACAUCGCCCAGUUCCGAAAGGAGAUCCGGGAUAGGAAGAACCAUCAUCCUUAUAUCAAGUUGAAGACAGUCUGGGCCAGGAAGCCUCUCGAAAGUUGA